AUGUUGCAUGACGAUCGUAUACGCAACAAGCUCUACACGUAUCCCGCAAACCACCGCGUCUUUAAGGUGCUCAUUGCUGCCGAGUUCAAUGGCAUCGACAUUGAGCUGCCGGAAUUUGACUUUGCCAAGGACGCCGAGUCGACAGAGCUCAAAGCCAAGAGCCCAACUGGCAAGGUGCCUUUUCUAGAGACAGAAGAGGGCACAAUCUUUACAAGCGGCGCUAUCGCUCGCUACGUCGCUCGUCUGCGACAGGAUACUGGUCUGUACGGCAAGACAUUCUUUGAGUCUGGUCAAGUGGAUUCGUGGAUCGACUUUUCUGCUCAGGAGCUUGAAGUGCCUCUCGAGGUGUGGGUGCACCCUAUCCUCGUUGCUAGCAAGUCGAACCCUGCCGCUCUUGCCAAGGCUAAGGUCGAUGUGAAGAAUGCUUUUCAGACCCUGGAGAACCACCUGCACCUGCGCACUUACCUAGUGGGUGAGCAGAUCACUCUUGCCGACAUUGUUGUCGCUUCAACCCUCAUUUAUCCGUUCAAGUUCGUGUUGGACAAGGAGUUUCGCAAGCCGUACUCAGCCGUGACCCGUUGGUUCUCGACCCUAGUAAAUCAGCCGGAAUUCCAGGCCGUUGUCGGUGACGUGCCGCUCAUCGAUGUGGCUAUGACCGCUGAGGGUGACGACUCGGCCAAGAAGACCAAGAAAGCGACUCCAAAGAAGGAGAAGGCCGCCCCUAAAGAGGAGGCCCCCAAGCCCAAGAAGGUGGAGCACCCGCUGGCUGUGCUGAACCGCGAGAAGCCUUCGUCGCUGAACCUGGAUGCGUGGAAGGUGCAGUACUCAAACACAAAGAACUUGGCUGAUGCCAUGACGUGGUUCUGGGAGCACUUGGACACGGAGGGCUAUUCGCUGUGGUUCUGCGACUACAACUACAACAACGAAAACACGAAGAUGUUUAUGACGUGCAACGCUGUGGGCGGCUUCCUUCAGCGUUCGGAGGCUAUGCGUAAGUACGCAUUCGGUGUGAUGGACGUGUGCGGUGCUGAGGGCUCAGAGAUUAUCAUCACGGGCUGCUGGCUGUUCCGUGGUGACUCCGCGCAGCAUAUGGUCGAGGCCAAUCCCGAUGCUGAGUACUACACGUGGAAGAAAGCGGAGCUGAACGAUGAGACGAAAGCUCGCAUCGCCGCCUACUGGUGUAACGAGGACGAGCUGGAGGGCAAGCCUAUCGCCGACUCGAAGGUGUUUAAGUAA